GUGGGACCAAACAGAGUGCUUUUCUUUCUCUUUCUUUAUCUCAAAUCAAACAAUGUCUGUUAUUGAACAAAAAGUCGAACAAAAAGUUGACCUUGUCGUUUCCAAACCCAAGAAUGAUACCGUUUCAUCCAUAAAAUCCUUUCUUUCUGGUGGUUUUGGUGGUAUGGCGGCUGUCUUGGUUGGCCAGCCUUUCGAUCUUGUUAAAGUCCGUCUUCAAACCAGUGAAGGAGUAUACAAGAGUACAGCUGAUUGUUUCAAACAAAUCAUAAAAAAUGAUGGUAUUCUUGGUUUGUAUCGUGGUAUGGCUGCUCCUUUGGCCAGUAUCACACCUAUCUUUGCUGUCAGUUUCUUUUCUUAUGAUCUUGGCAAAAAGAUGUGCUAUGCCGCUAGAACAGAUACAGAUCCCUCAAAACCCCUUUCUUUAGCCGAAAUCACGUUGGCUGGUGCAUUUUCAGCUGUACCCACUACUUUGUUCAUGGCACCCUCAGAACGUGUCAAAGUGUUGAUGCAAAUUCAAGGACAAGGAGGAGAGCCUAAAUAUAAGGGUCCUUUGGACGUAGUACGUCAGUUAUAUAAAGAGGGUGGUGUUCGCUCUAUCUUCAGAGGCACAGGUGCUACUUUGUUGCGUGAUUCUCCCGGUUCUGCCGCUUAUUUCAUUGCUUAUGAAUUGAUCAAGAAGAAGCUUACACCUGCUGGUGCUCGUCCUGAAGACUUGAGUUUCGGCGCUGUGUUAUUCGCUGGUGGUAUGGCUGGUGUUGCUAUGUGGACAAUCGCCAUCCCUCCUGAUGUUUUAAAGUCAAGAUUACAAUCUGCUCCGGCUGGUACUUAUACCGGUUUGGUGGAUUGUCUCAAAAAGACUGUUAAGGCAGAUGGUCCUUCCGCACUUUUCAAAGGUCUCGGCCCUGCUAUGUUAAGAGCCUUCCCUGCCAAUGCUGCUACAUUCUUGGGUGUCGAAUAUUCUAUGAAGGCUAUGAACAUGCUCUUCUAAAUAUUACCUAUACCCUACUACCUUAUUUUUCUAAAUUUCUUUAUUCUCGUAUUUAUUUCAUCUUGUUAUGUUGUUGUAUAGUAACUUGUUAUAGAAUUUGAAGCUGCAAUUGAGUCUGGGAUUGCUUUUGGAAAUUUUUAAUAAUAAUUGUUAACAUAAUACCAUUUAGUCUAUAUUGUACUGCAUUUUUAUAUCGAAUAAAAAUCCAGGACCCCGCAUUUCCUACCGAUAUGCUGCUCCAAUGAUGAUGCACGUUAAUUUUGACACCGAUCACAAGCGUUGUACAAAUUUCCCAUCAAGUCUUAAAAUUGCGGGUUGGUCAUCAAAAAUUAUGUGGCAUUUGGGCAAAAUGAUAACUUAAUUUUACCCAGUCAGUUUGGUUUUUUUUUUUUGGAUUUCCAUUGCCCUCCACCACUGACUGAGUGGCUAUUGUGGGGUUUUGAUUUUUUGCUCAGACUACAAAUUUGCAGUUCUCAAUCCUUUU